AUGGACUUGCAAUGGAUGGAAGAACUCAAACAGAGAGCUAGACGACUCAAAGAUCCGAAGGCGUUCAAAAUCAAAGUAAUCAUCACAGGAUUUAUCGGUACCCAAAUUGAACUUGCGAUGUGGUUGAAUCAAAGGUUUGAAGAGGACUUUUACCGUAAGUUUCCGAUCUUCAAACUUCCGACGGAGGUGUGGUAUAUUGAACCAUACGGAGAGGAAUUGAUUGAACGCAUUUUGGCAGCGGAUGGGAAGUCUGAGUAUCGGAAUAGUUUCAUUAGUUUAACUCCACAACCCCUGCGAACGAAAACGAAUGAAUUGAAACCGGUAGUCCUUGAAUUAAUUCGACGGUGGUAUAACACAUCGACGCAAUUACUUUGUAUCAACAAUUUGGCACAGAAAUUGAAGGAGUGUGGAUGGAAGAACGGCUUUGAUAAAAUCACCUUUGCGAAUACUUUGAAAAUGUUGGGGGAACAAAUCCCUAUGACCCUCGGCGUCGACUGCCAUUCAAAUCAACUCAACUCAUUGGAACCCCUCCGAAACUUAACACUCUUCUUCCCUUCUCUUCAAUUACUCGACUUACGGGAGAACAAUAUUCAAACUUUAGACCAACUGGGGUAUAUCAAAGGACUUCAACUGAUUGAAAUCGAUCUCAACGGAAACCCUAUUAUCACACAAAACGGGUUUAUAGCGUUUGAUUCUUCUUAA